GCCCUCUGCCAUUGCAUUUCUAGCGGCGUGCGUGUUAGGUGGUUCUAACUUCCAUCCUAGCUGUCUGUCCCGUAGCUCCAGGUGCUCAUAUCCAGAGGGCCCCGGCGUCACAGGCUCUGCGGCAUGUCGAUGUUGGCUGAGCGUCGACGGAAGCAGAAGUGGGCUGUGGAUCCAAGAAACACCGCAUGGAGUAAUGAUGAUUCCAAGUUUGGCCAGAGAAUGCUGGAGAAGAUGGGGUGGUCUAAAGGAAAGGGUUUAGGGGCUCAAGAGCAAGGAGCCACAGAUCAUAUUAAAGUUCAAGUUAAAAACAACCACUUGGGACUUGGAGCCACGAUCAAUAAUGAAGACAACUGGAUUGCUCAUCAGGAUGAUUUUAACCAGCUGCUGGCCGAACUGAACACCUGCCAUGGACCGGAAACAGCAGAUUCUACCUCAGACAACAAGGAAAAGAAAUCUUUCAGCCUUGAAGAAAAGUCCAAAACCUCCAAAAGCCGUGUUCAUUAUAAGAAAUUCACAAAAGGGAAGGACUUAUCAUCUCGGAGCAAAACAGAUCUUGACUGCAUUUUUGGGAAAAGACAGAGCAAGAAGACUCCUGAGGAUGAUUCCAGCCCCGCUACUGCAGAUGGGAUUGACACCUCCACCACGACCACCAGUGCCUUCACCAUCCAGGAGUACUUUGCCAAGCGGAUGGCAGAGCUGAAGAACAAGCCACAGGCCAUGGCUUCAGGGCCUGACCCUCCAGAGACCCAGAUGGAAAGGAAAGGAGGGAAGAAAAGAAAGAAAGAAGCAAGAGAUACAAAUGUGGAGACUUACACGCAACCCAAGAUCAAGAAAAAGCGAGACCAAGUUGAACAGCAGCUCGAAGACCCUCAGUGGGACGAGAACUCUGACGUUUCUGCUGACAGUGGGGAGAAUUGUGUGUGCCCGCCGGAUGGCCGGGACUUACCACCAAAGCCCAAAAAGAGAGAAAAGAAAACCCCACAAAAGCGAGUUGAGACAGCAGUGGCUGCUACGCUAGAUGAAACACCAGUGAAAAAGAAGAAGAAAAAGAAGAAAGGUUCCAAAUAAAGCCUCUCGAGCCAGGGCCUCCCAGCCACUCAGGUGUCGGCGCUGCCAGGCAAACACUUGGCCCGCAGUCAGAGCAGAGUUCACCCGCAGAGCCUGUGCACACCUUCAACAUGCCCGUGGACUGCUGGGUCUCGCCCUCGCACCGCGCGUUCCCAAACCGUAUUCCCAGAAGAGCUUCUCGAUGUUCCAAAUCAUGGCUCUCACAAACAGAUUUCUUUGUAGAUUCCGACUCCCUCGCCACGAGUGUUCAUUCAUAUGCGUGUGCACACGUCAAGUGACGUGUGUGUGCGCCGGUGUGUGUGGGUAUAUCACGGUCUACAUUUGCUUUUGGUUUCCUUCCAUAACAGUGAAGCACACUUCCUUCUGAAGAACUUAGUCUAAUUAAAGGAUUAAGGGUAAUA